AAAUAAUCAAAAACAAAUGGUAAUCAAAACAAAACUGAAUAAUUGCACUUCCACAUUUAAUCAUGGUCGUCCAACGAUGAAAAAAAAACCAUUCAUACGGUUGAUCCCCAACACCCACAAGAGGUGAUAUCAUUUUGGCCACGAACACGCUGCGACUGUGACGUCAUUCAAUAGAUUUGCACAGAGCAUGUGAAGAUGUAUUGAUUUAAAACAAUAUUCGCUUGUAUUUUACUUUCUCUGAAAUUGGUGUAGGUAUACCCACGGAACGGACUCGAUAAGUCAACGUUGUGGCGGAGCAAACCUGCAUGCUGUCCGCUCAGACAACCUGGACAGCGAUUGCAUAAACUCACAUGGGCGAUCGACCGCGACCGCGUCUGGCUGAUCCGUAUGCUACCGCUGCCGUUGCCGCGCGGUCCGGUUGGCGCUGAGUCGCGUAAACAAAGCGUUACCGCGUGCACCCGCCGCCGCUUGAAGGCGUGAGCAGCAGCUAAAAAUUUAACUGCAAACGCGGUUCACAAUAGGCUGGUAGCCGUAACCAUCUGUUGCAGUAUGCCGUUGUGCCUCUCUCAAGACCUCUAUCCAUGUGCUUUCAGGAGAGUGGGUACUUGAAUCGGCAUCGUAUAUACCACUGAGAUUGGAGCUGGCGCCGUCUUCGGUCUCGGAAUUGCAGACUGGCAACAGGUUGAAAGAAACCGCAACGGGUUGCUUAUAGUGAUCGAUUCAAGUUUCAGCGGGUCGCGGAAAACUAUCUCGUGAUAUGUUUGCACUACUUUGCGAUUAAAUAUAGGAAGUAUGAAGAGUGUUACAUUGGUCAUUGGGCUAAUGCUCGUGUUACUGACCCAGAAGAGCAGUGCCAUCACAAAUAACGCUAACAAAAAGGUGUCAUCUAGCGGAGACGAAAAUCAAAGUGUAACCUUCUCUUCGUACGGUGAGGAUCAGCUUAUAUUCAAAGAUUCCUCUUUUCAACUUCGAAAUGGUGUUCAACAGAAAGCUCCGCAUCCGCUAAGACGGAUCAGUGAUGAAAACAGUGAUUACGAAUUUUUUGAAGCUGGCUGGCGCCCGUUGUACAGUUUCAAAUUCGAAAAUGGAAGAGUGGGAAAGGUUGCUGAUCAAUUACCCCAAGAGAAUACACGCCACUCUGCUGUUGAAACUAACUUUGUCACACGAAACAAGAAAUAUGUGCAAUUCUCGGAAUCUGAUGUAAUGCCGCUUUCCGAUCAAGUAAAACCGCAAAUAAGUGAAAAUAUGAUAAAAUUUGGCAGUGAUUCUGAAUCAGAGGAAGAAUAUGACGAUAGUAGUGCGCAAGGUAGUGAAGAAUAUUCUUCAGCCACCAAUGCAACAAAUAUUUAUCCGAGAAUGCUUCAAUUCGAAGAAUCUGAUCGAAUGAAUUUUGCUACCAACGUGCCGAAUACGGUGAAACAUUCGAAGGACAACACACCUGAAAACAGUGGUAAUAGGGAAGAACCUCAUUCAGCUAUGAACUAUGAUGUGUUUGUAAUUGAAAAUCUCAUGAAAAAUGCGUCUGGCACAUGGCAUGCCGAAAAAGCUGAUUUGCAUAGUGAUGGAUUUAAUUUCAGUCAGCUUCAAAAGUUACCGGUAAAAAUCCGAUCGUUGGAGGAAAAUUAUAACGAUAGUCCCAGAAACUCCAGUAGGUACUUUAGAUUCGAAGAAUCUGAAACAACCGCUGAAAAACCGAGAAUUGAAAAAAGCCCGAUGAAUUCUUUCAACUUCUAUAACCACGACUCUUAUCGCAAUGAAUUUCGAUUUCCUGCCAGCGACGUAUCAGCAAAACAUGAAACGCCACAUACACCAGUUAAUGCAAUUAAAUUUGUGGAGACGGAUAGCAUGCCACAAAGUGUUUCGUCCUCCCAAAUGCGAUUCGAUGAUGAUCAAACGAGACCACUGAAGUUUACCGACUCGGCGACUCAAAUUCGCCCUCAAACCGAUAACGAUCAAUUCUAUACGGUCAAAGCUACCAUUCAAAUCGGUAAUUGGGGAUCAGCUGAUAGCAUUACCCCACCAACAGUCUACAUGCCAAUCACUACACGAAGACCGAAACAAAAGAAAGGAAAAAUUUACAACCAACACGUGAUUGACAUUCGAAAGCAGGAUGAAUUCAAUUAUCAGCAACCUCCCGAUUAUGACAACUAUCUGCAAAAUUCCCCGCAACCUCAAACCACAGCCAAUCAAUAUCCAUCCAAUCUUCAGAUUUCGCCAACACCUCAGAUUGCGACCAGCGAUCCAUAUUAUCAGAAUCUUCCCAGCCCAGGUACACCUUAUCCUCCGUUCGAUCCGAACAAUUACUACAUACAGGAUUAUUUGUCCAACUUCCCAUAUCCCUUGCCGAAUCCCAAUCAACCGCAACUACCAGCGAACGGUCCAGGGCGAUAUCCUUCUUUAUACCCUCAGCAUCCAAAUGUUCCGACAAAUCUUAUCACAGGCGGGAACACCAACAGUCCAUUGAGCGCACAAAGCAUUUUCGGUUUUUUACAGAGCAUCUUCAAUUUCGCCCCAGGAACGUUUGGUAAUUACCAAACGAUCAAUAAUGGUGACAGUGCUCAAGCCCCUUCCGAUUCAACAUAUGCAGUAAACCAGCAAGACGCAACGAGUUCCAGUUCUCCAAUCAUGGCUGUGAGUACGCAGUUACGAAAAGCUUUAGACAACAUCUCCGGUAAUGAUGAACUGCAAUGUGUUCCCAAACUCAUCUGCAUGAUGUCCCGACGCUCCAGCGGGCAGGGUUUUAGUACCUACGUGAACCGUGGUCUGCUGAGCACAAUUUUGAGCGCUGUCCCUGACAGUUCACCAUGGCUCAAAUUUUCUCGAGCAGCCUUACUCGGUUACGGAAUUGGGGCAAACAGCUGUGACGUGUACUAUCCUAAGUGUCCCAAGGAUGAGUCGGAGAUCAUUUACUACCUAAAUAACCAUCGAGGGGGUUUCUUUCGUUUCUUCAACGACGAACACAACUCCGCGAGUAAAGGCUGAAGUUUGUGCCAAUUUAAAUUAAUACUGCUUGACUAACAAAAGUGUAUGAUAGAGGGCGAGAAAAUGCGACUAUUUAUUUUUAGUGGGUAAAGCUAGAGAAAUA